AUGGCGGUGGGAUCCAAAGAUGAGGGGCCAAUGAACCCCGUUUUCCUGUUCGCGCAUGGAUCAACAAUGAUGCUCGGCGAGGAGAGCAACUCGGCCACGUACUGGAAGAAGUGCGGCGAUGAAGCCCUCGCCCAGGGUAUCGAACACAUUGUCAUGAUGGGAGCCCACUGGGCCACAAACGCCCCCGGUGAGGUCCUCAUCUCAGCCCACCCAACGCCCGCAAAGUCACCAGUCGCCUACGUUAACCCUGAGAAAUACCACCCCUACAAACUGAACCCAGACCUCGACUACAUCCCCACGAUCCAGCAGCACCUCGCCGCCGCCGGAAUCCCCGCCAAGACAGACCCGACCUUUGACUGGAUCCACGACACCUACCUCGUCCUCAUCCGCAUGUUCCCCGCCGGCUGCCCGCCGACGACGCUCAUCUCCAUGAACGACUUCUAUGACCCGCACUUCCACGUCGCAGUCGGCGCCGCCCUGCGGCCCCUGAGAGCCGCCAAGCACAAGACGCUCUUCAUCGGCUCUGGCGGCUCCGUCCACAACCUCUACCGGAACAACUGGGCGCCCAUGCUCAAGUUCCGCGACAACUUUGCCCAGCCUACGCCCCCGGAGCCCUGGGCGCUGGACUUCCGCCAGGAGGUCAUUGACGCCUUUUGUCCCGCGUACGAGGAGGACGUCCCCACCGACCAGGCCGUCUACGGCAAGGCCAUCCGCGGCAAGAAGCCGUGCGGCGGGCCGCUCUUGAGGCGCAAGGUAACGAGUUUGAUGAAGCAUCCCAUGUACCGCGAGGCGCAUGCUACGGAUGAUCAUUUCAUGGCCACCAUGUUCAUCGGAGGCUUGUGCGGAGACCGGAGAGACGUGGCGAUGAAGGCUGAGAUGGGGGCCGAGGAUUGGGAGCUUACAAAUAUGUGCAACUCACAGUUCAUUAUUGGUAGCUGGCCGGAGGCCAAAUGA